AUGUUUCUCUUAACGCUUAGCAUUCUCAACAGCUCCUCUACCUUCCUCCUGAGCGGCAUCCCUGGGCUAGAGAGCCUGCAUCUCUGGAUCUCCAUUCCCCUUUGCUUCAUGUACCUGGUUGCUAUCCUUGGCAACUGCAUGAUUCUGUUUGUUAUUAAAACAGAACCCUCACUCCAUGAACCGAUGUACCUCUUCUUGUCCAUGCUUGCUCUGACUGACCUCGGCCUGUCCCUUUGCACCCUCCCAACAGUGCUGGGUAUCUUUUGGCUGGACCUACGAGAGAUUGGUCAUGAUGCCUGUUUUACCCAGCUCUUCUUCAUUCACUGCUUAUCAUUCCUGGAGUCCUCCGUGCUCCUGUCAAUGGCCUUCGACCGUUUUGUAGCCAUUUGCCGCCCCUUGCACUAUGCAUCCAUCCUUACCAACACAGCCAUCGGCAGGAUUGGUCUGGCUUCCUUGGGCCGGAGUGUAGCACUCAUUUUCCCCUUGCCUUUUAUGCUGAAGAGAUUCUCUUAUUGUGGCUCCUCCGUCCUCUCACACUCCUAUUGUCUCCACCAAGAAGUGAUGAAACUGGCCUGUGCUGACAUCAAGGCUAACAGCAUCUAUGGCAUGUUUGUUAUUGUUUCCACAGUGGGUGUAGACUCACUGCUCAUCCUCUUCUCCUACACCCUGAUCCUGCGCACCGUACUGUCCAUUGCUUCCAAGACGGAGAGACUUAAAGCGCUGAACACCUGUGUGUCCCACAUCUGUGCAGUGCUUCUCUUUUACACUCCAAUGAUAGGCUUGUCUGUCAUCCACCGCUUUGGGAAGCAGGCACCUCAUCUGGUCCAGGUGGUCAUGGGCUUUGUGUAUCUUCUAGUCCCUCCCCUAAUGAACCCUAUUGUUUACAGUGUGAAGACCAAACAAAUUCGAGAUCGGGUGACCCGAGCCUUUUGUCACUAG